UUGGAAAAAUGACGUUAAAAAUAUAAAAAUUUCCCGGGUAAAGCUCUUGAAGAAACCCUUCUUCUUAUUGUUGUUUCUCAAAUACCCAUUUGUCAAAACCGUUCCUUUUCGUGGUUAAAGCUUCAUCUGAUGUUGGGUCAGAAGCAUCCAAAGAGUGCUGUUUUUGGGACCGAAAUUUGGCCAGCCGCGGAAUAUGGAAGAACAAUGUACACAAUUCGCCAAAGAAUAGGCCCACUACUCAUGAGAAUGCAGAAAAGAUAUGGAAAGAUAAAAACAGGUGGCGAGUUCACUGAGAAGGAGAUCAUCAGAGCUGAAAGGAACUCUGGUGUAGUCAGUAGCAAAGUCAGGGAAAUUCAAAUGCAAAACUACCUAAGGAAAAAGGAACUGAAAGAGCGCCGGGAAAAUGAUUUGAGAGAAGGCUUACGACUAUACAAGAAUGCUAAGUAUGAGGAAGCAUUAGAGAAAUUUGAGUCAGUUUUGGGAACAAAGCCAGAGCCUGAUGAAGCAGCAGUGGCAAGUUAUAAUGUUACUUGUUGUUACUCUAAGCUGAAUCAGAGAAUCAGAACUGAUCCUGACCUUGCAAAUGCAAGGGCAUCCCCGGAAUUCUACCCAUUAUUGAAAAGAUUCUAUGAAUCAUUUAUCAACGAGAACGCCAUCAAUGCCAUCAAAUCAAUUUUUGGAAUAUUUAAUAAGAAAUAA